UCGACUUGAUUUGAAUUUUUUGUCUUGGUUAUUUUCUAGGCUGAUUAGGGAGUUGGAAAUUUGUUUAGGUUUGGUAAAAUAGGGCUUUCGGUUCUUUUGACAGGCUUGAUGUUUGGCUGAAUCUUCUGUUGAUCAUGUUUGUUUAUUUCCUUGUGCGAUCUCUUCUGCGAUCUGUUAAUGAACUUUAGUUGAAAACAUGGACGAUGAUAUGGCUGGUUCAUUUCGACGAACAUCAAGUCGUACCCGUAAAGUUGCAUCGAAGAUGAGUGCAGCUUUGGCCAGUAGUGAUAACAGAAUGCAGGCAGCUCUUGCUCGUCUGGAUGCUUUGGAAAAUGAUAAUGCUGGUGUGGUGAUGAUAGAGAUUGACGACGAUGAAGACGCAUCACUUGAUGAGGAGGAUGAAGUUUAUAUCCAAAAAAAGCAAGCCAAAAACACAAAGCGCAAAACGAGGCAGGCAAAGGCACUUGAGAAUGCAAAGAAGGCGCCACGAACUUUUCAAGAGCUGUUACAAGAGGCGAAUCUUAAGUCUUUGCCCCCUCACGUGCCAUCCUAUCUGAGGGCUGCUGUGGGCCUCCCAAGCUCAACAUCCCGUCGACACUUUUGCACUGUAUGUGGGUUCAUCGCAAACUAUACGUGUGUGCAGUGUGGGGUCCGCUUCUGUUCUCCCCGAUGCCAAGUAAUACAUUCAGACACAAGGUGCUUGAAGUUUGUUGCUUGAUAUAAUUAUUCUUCACACCCUAUUUUCUUACAGUUAUAUACACACUGGAAAUGGUUGGUCUUCAUAUGGUUCCGUUGCUCAUAGUAGGAACAUCUUGACCAUCCAUAUCCCAAGAAAUUGUGAGCAAUAUGUAGAAUAUAUAAUUGAUGAUUUAUCCUUCUUACUAUUUAAACACCAAUUUCGUAACACUUCGGAUGGACGGUUGGAAUCUGGUUUGUAUUGGAGAGGAACCAUCUUAACUGUCCAAACUUGUUAAUUAUCUGAUAUGAUUGAUUUAUGCCUAAUGUGUUACAUGGGCGUAAAUUACAUGUGGGUUAUUGUAUGACCUCUACCAUGUCCACACAUGCUUGUGCACGGGUAUAUAUGUAUAACAUUCAGGCA